AAUCCGGGGGACAAUGAAACCCGUGUAGCUCUAUCUGUACUUGUCUUCGUGACGCCGGAAGCCACCGAGCAGCAGAUGCAGCUCCCCGCGGCGGUCGGUCCUCUCGGUCCUCUCGGUCCUCUCGGUUCACGAGGCUGACGGACAGCGGCGGUCUGAUCGUCGCGUGUCCCCCGGGACAGACCCGGGGUGGCCAUCACGGCGUGUGGUGCAGGGCUUGCAUGUUCUGGUCCCACCUGACCACGCACCACUGGGUCUGCUCUCAGAGAUGACGCUGAAAAGCCUCCAGCAGUCACCUUGACGAGGCGGAUACCGGGCUGAGACCCCCCCCCCACGAGCCGGUCCGGGGUUCCGGUCUCUAAAUACACAAAGACCACCAUCCCAGCAGAUACAGCGGCGCUGCGUCCUUUAUGCAGUCUCUCUACAUUUCUGACUUUGCUCAAGGUGAUAGCUGUGAGGUCAUGGCAGCUGCCAGCGUGAGCAGACCUGGCGGAGCCCCGGCCACUGAGAAGUCCCAGCUGAUCCUGAAAGUGGUGUCGGCGAGGCCUCAGUCUCCCAGGCUGCCGGCCCGGCCCUCUCGGCUCAGCUCCUUCGUGGAGGUGACGGCCGACGGCCUGAGCAGCGAAACCAAGAAGACGGGCAAGCGCAGCGGACACCUCGAGCUGCAGUGGAACGAGGACCUCACCCUUAACGUGACUCCUCAGAGUCGUCUGGACCUGAAGCUGUGGAGCUGCCACACCCUCAGGAAGGAGCUCCUGGGCAGCGCCACCAUCGACCUGCUGGACAUGCUGCGCACCCACGAUGGCAAGAUGGAGAACGUCCAGCUGAGUCUGGUGCUGCAGACGGAGAACAAAGGCUCGGUUGUAGCGGGCGGCGAGCUCAACGUCUGUCUGGACGGCAUGGCUGUUGAUCUGGGCACGCUGCCCAAUGGCAGCACGGCAGCCGACAAGACAGACAGACCCAACCUGAGGAGGACGCAGAGCGAGGAGACUCCUGGUACCACUGGAUCUAAUGGCAGGACCAACAGGCACUCCGUGGGGGGGUCUCAGGGCUCCCCGGGGGGCUCCCUGACCAACGGGGACCUGGUUGAGGAGCAGAUUCCCGGGUCGGUGUCGUCCGGUCGGCGCCGCCCCUCCAAGAGUCACGUGAUCCCCGGCAGCAGCGCAGACAAAGUGGAGCUGACGUCCAACGGGCUGGAGGGCGUGGCCCGGCACCCCGCCCCUCCGUCCUCGCCGGCGGGCCGAUCCCCGGCCGCCGGCAGCGGCAGCCCCUCCCCCUCCCCGGGUCAGGACGCCCUGGGACCGGCAGCGCCGGCGGAGCCCGGACCCAACGGGGCCUCGGGCGCCGAGCAGGCCGGCAACGGCGCCACAGAGCCCACAGCAGAAUCACUCCCGGCAGGCUGGGAGCAGAGGGUGCUGCCUCACGGCAGGGUCUACUACGUGGACCACAACACCAAGAUCACCACCUGGGAGCGGCCGCUGCCUCCGGGCUGGGAGAAGCGAGUGGACCAGCGGGGCCGGUUCUACUACGUGGACCACAACACCAGAACCACCACGUGGCAGAGGCCCACGGCCGAGUCCGUGCGCAACUACCAGCAGUGGCAGAGUCAACGCAGCCAGCUGCAGGGCGCCAUGCACCAGUUCAGCCAGCGCUUCCUCUACCAGCCGUCCGGAGCGCCGGUGGAGAACGACCCUCUGGGAGCGCUGCCUCCGGGAUGGGAGAAGCGGCAGGACAAUGGCAGGAUCUACUUCGUCAACCACAACACGCGGACGACGCAGUGGGACGAUCCCCGGACCCAAGGGAUGAUCAAGGAGCACCCCCUGCCCCCGGGCUGGGAGAUGAAGUACACCGCGGAGGGAGUCCGAUAUUUUGUGGACCACAACUUGCGCAGCACCACCUUUAAAGACCCCCGGCCCGGGUUUGAGUCCGGGUCACGGCAGGGCGGCUCACCCGGCGCUUACGACCGCAGCUUCAGGUGGAAGUACCACCAGUUCCGUUUCCUGUGCCAUUCCAACGCGCUGCCCAGCCACGUCAAGAUCUCCGUGUCCAGACAGACGCUGUUUGAGGACUCGUUCCAGCAGAUCAUGAACGUGAAGCCGUACGACCUGCGGCGCCGACUCUACAUCAUCAUGAGAGGAGAGGAGGGGCUGGACUACGGCGGCAUCGCCAGGGAAUGGUUCUUCCUGCUGUCCCACGAGGUUCUCAACCCCAUGUACUGUUUGUUCGAAUACGCCGGCAAGAACAACUACUGCCUGCAGAUAAACCCCGCCUCCUCCAUCAACCCCGACCACCUCACGUACUUCCGCUUCAUUGGCCGCUUCAUCGCCAUGGUGAGCUUCACAAACCUGGACCGACAGUAGAGGCUAGCUGGUUAGCAUGCUAAGUCCACCAUGCUGUCAUGCUGCAGGUUCAGAACAUGAACAUCCUCACUAGGUCUUCGUUACUUUAACAUUUAGCUGAUUUAGCUGUUUUUAAAUCAUUGUUCAUGGUAGCUGUUAGCAUUUUAAUUAGCUUGUGCUAACUGCUAGCAUGCUA